CUACUUUUCUUUCUUCUACAGUCUUUGGUAACGUUGACAAAACGCGUAAAUCCAAGGUAAGAGAUUUCCUGAAGAAUUUCUAAAGAGUCAUAGGUGUCUUUGCAUCUAUAAUAAAAAUUUAUCAACCUAGAAUUGGCUGGAAGAGGCAAAAAUUACAUGCUCGUGAAACCGAUUUUUGAAUUUUGAAGCAGUCAUCUCAAACUGGUUAUUUUGAAUUGCAUUAAUUAUUUUUAAUAUGUUUCAUUUUAUAAAGCAGAGCUGGAUGCGGCAAGGGAUCCUUAUGCAGAUCCGAAACAUAAAUCGCUUAUAUCCAAAGAUGCGGAUCCCUAAACGACCAGAGGUUCCAUUAGGAACAAAAAUCGCUGAAAUGGAUGCUUCUGCAGAUGUCUACUAUAAUCCACCAGCAUCUUCGCCGGACACCCGAAUCACACCGCUGUUAUUUCGAUAUGAUGCUCCAUCAACAGAAGAACGGGAGACAUUAGCAGAGAAAAUCAAAGAUUCACUUUCUCCAGUUGUUUCCAGAAAAGCCAAAUCAAAGGGAAACCUUCGUUUUUCGGUUAAUCACUUGUCAGAUGAAGAAAAGAAUGCAAUUCACGACCUGCGGUUGUCGGAUCCCAACGAGUGGACGACCGGAGCUCUGUCAAAAAAGUUUCGAGCCACUCGUCUUUUAAUUUCUAGGAUUUGUGAAGCUCCCAAAGAACGCCUGGCAGCGGUGGAAGAGGAACUGGACCAGCAAAAACUUCAUUGGGGAAAGGCGAAACGCCAAGUUCGGAGAGAAAAGCUUUCUCGAAAUAACUUUCGUGUUUCAGAGCGUGUUUCCAAAAUUUAAUACUUUGUUUAGGUUCAUAAUGGACUGAUUGAUCUAUCAAGAUGAUUUUGUAUACCUCUCAUGAUUGCUUUUUGUUUAUCAACAAGAAUUCAUCUAUAUAUCAGUAAAGUAUGCUUCUAAUAGAUUUCUUUUAGCGAAUUCUCAGAGUCACAAACCAAAAAUUACUCAAGCUUGACUUUUCUUUUCUAUUAAAAACCCCCCAAUAAUCUACUGAAGUGCGAUGAAUAAAACUAAACUUUAACUUCACAAAGACAUUUUAAAACGGAAAAAUUAAAAACUUAAUCCAAGGAUUUUUUAUCUUAAUAGAUUUUGCUUUUUAUAUUUACUAUUUUUGACCAAAAAACUCUAACACUCUCUUACAAUGUUUUAAAUGAUUCUACAUCACAUGGUAUAUUGACAUCUCAAACUGUCUUGUUUUCGAGUUAUCCGCACCGUCCUGAAUUGUAUAAAAUAUGAUGAUCUACAACAAACUGUAGAGUCUAAAACAAAGUUAUGCCACACGAUGGCAAGUUUUUGGGAUCAACGAAAUUAAUCAUUCUGAGGAAUAUUCAAAAGAAGCAAAGAGAAUAAGGAUCUCUUUCUUUCCGCUUCCUCCGUAUCAUCGUUAAUUUUGUUCUCCCUUGUUCAAUACCAUUCAGCGGGAUCUGGCAAAGUGACAUCAGCACGAUGCAAGCUGUAGCAGGUGGUCUAAAGAAUGAUUUAGUACGUACGAGAAUGAUCUCAUGAAUUCAAUAAGUUACGUUUUUCCUUGGCGUAACUCUAUUUAUUCAUUUUGUAUGAAAUAAACGUAUAGCAAUGGUGCGUACUAUAUAAGGAAGCGGUCGUCGAGAAUGUUGGUACA